AUGCAGCUCUACUCGACCCUCGUCGCCCUCCUGUCCCUCCUCUCGGUCGCCCACCUCGCAGCCGCACGACCGGCCAGCGGCACCCACUCGCACUCGGCGCGCGACAUCAACAUCUCGCACAAGUCGCUCAGCAACGGCACCGUCACGUCGCACCACAUCUCGAGCUCUGUCCUCCCCGCAGAGCUCGCAAAGGCCAUCGAGGGCAGCGACAUCAACAUCAACCUCACGACCGACCGCAAGAAGCGCUCGCCGUCCUCGGGCGUCAGCAACUCGACCAUCAACCUGACCGUCAUCGACGCGAGGAAACGCGCCGUCCUCAAGCGGGCGCAGGCGGCGGCACAGCACCACAACAUCCACAUCGACGCCUCGUCGUCCGGCUCGGGCGGCGUCGGCGGGAUCCACAACUCGACGGUCAACAUCAACCUGAACCAGUCUGGCGGCGCCAAGAAGCGCUCGCGCUCGGCUCGUCGCAAGGUCAACCUCGGCGACCACUCGGUCAUCGUCGACGUCUCGACCUCGGGCGACAACAGCACGGCGGCCGGCGGCAUCGAGGACUCGACCGUGCACGUCAACAUCCUCCCCGCUCGUGCCCUCAACAAGGCGACCGGGCACCACUCGAUCGUCGUCGACUCGUCGUCGCUGAGCUCGAGCGACGAGGCCUCGACGACGACCGGCUCGCACUCGGCCGUCGUCGACACGUCAUCCUCGACCUCGUCCUCGACCGACGGCUCGAGCUCGACGGGCGUCAAGAACUCGACCAUCAACCUCACCGUCAUCUCGCCCAAGGACGAGCCCGCCGUUGUUGACGAGGUCGCCUCGCCCGCCUCGGACGCCGUCGACGCCCCGGCCCCGACGAUGGCGCACCUCUCUGCGCGCGCUCGCGCCGCGUACCAGGAGUGGGCCUCGCGCAUGCGCGAGCGCGACUACCCUGCCGGCUCGGGCUUCGUCCAGAAGCGCCGUAGCAGCAGCCACGCGAGCAAGCGCUCGACGAUCGUCGUCGACGCCUGAACCGGUCCCUCCUCGGCCGUCCUCCUCCUUCGCCUUUCUCGCUCUCGCCUCUCGACCUUUUACGACACGCGACCUUUCACGACACGCCUCCCUCACGACGAUCCUCGCCCUGUCACGACUACUUUCCCUCCUCUCGUCCCGCGCUAGUCGCGAAGAGACUCGCUGCCUGGGGCGCGGUCUGGCUCUCUCCUCCCUGGUGGACCUCUCUCUCUCCCUCUCCUGUGUGCGACGAGCUGUGCUCGUUCUACCCCUCCCCCCUUCCUUUGGAUAGAACCUCGAGCGCAGCGCGCCUCUCUCUGGAACGGGCGACGAACACUUUUCGGGA